UAGUUAUAACCUAACCUAUAAGUUGUACCGGUCUAAAACGUUGAUAUUUUUUGUUUAGUUUUUGUUAAAAUACUGUAGUUCUAAUAUAAUAACAGUUUUUCUUCAUUCUUACUAGAAUUUAAAAAAGAGAAUGGCUGAAGAAGUAUUAAAUGGAGAUGAUAAAAAGAAACGGAUGUCUGUUGGCCUUUAUACUAGCUGUCCUCCAAGUAUAAAACAAGGUGUCGACUCUGCUUUUGAACAAGGAUACCACUUUGUAGUUACACAACUUACACAUCCAAGUUAUAGCAGAAACUUUAAUAACAAUGGUCCUUGUGUUAUAGGAAGAACAGAUAGAGUAAUGAGAAGUUCUGAUUGGGGCAGAUUAGUGGUUGGGCAAUUAACCCCUACUAUUGACUUGGAUAGUGAGAUAGAACACAUUCGAGAACAUAGUAAAAUGAUAUUUGAAGAAGAAUUGGGGUUUGCAUCUCAUCUAGGAGUUCCAGCAAUCUGGUUGACACUUUCCAAACCAGAUAAUGUACAAUUAGCUCGUGUUUUACAUGCAAAAUUAGUUUCAGGAUUUAACUAUAGUGUAUGGGUUAACAUUCCAAUGACUCACCCUUCCAGAUACAAUCCUGUUGCAGAAACAGAACAUGAUACUUGGGAUUGGUGGAAUAAAUUUCGUACUUACUGUAAUUAUGAUAAAAGACUAGGUUUAGUUCUUGAUUUAAGUGAUAUUAAGCACUUACUGCCAGAAAAUGAGCUUAAAAGAUGGAUUGGGGAGCCUGUCAGAGCAAUUGUGAUACCUACUUCACACUUUUUAACAAAUCAACAUGGAAAACCUGUCCUUUCCAAAGUUCAUCAAGAAAUUAUUAAAAAAUUCAUGAGUCUGGAUGUUCAGUAUGUAAUUAAAAAUGAUAGUGAUAGUGACUUAUCUCUUUAUAAUAGAUAUAUAAGCUUUUUGGGUAAAAAGCUUUAUGUAUAUGAUACAGUAACUGAUUUUGUUGAUGGAUUUGAAGAUUUUCUCCAGAACCCCCUGCAGCCGCUUACUGAACACUUAGAAACAACUAUUUAUGAAAUAUUUGAAAAAGAUAAUAUUAAAUAUACAUCUUAUGAAAACGCUGUCUAUAAAGCUAUUGAAAUUUUUCCAAAAAAUGAGACACCAGUUGUAAUGGUAGUAGGAGCAGGAAGAGGUCCUUUGGUACAGGCUGUUAUUAACGUAUCCCUUGCAUUAGAUAGAAAAAUUAAGGUUUAUGCAGUUGAAAAAAAUCCUUUUGCAGUCAAUACAUUAGUACAUCGAAAUAAGGAUGAAUGGGAUGAUGCUGUUACAAUUGUCAAUGGUGAUAUGAGGACAUAUAAACCCCCAGAACUAGCUGAUAUAUUAGUAUCUGAAUUGUUGGGUUCUUUUGGAGACAACGAAUUAUCCCCUGAAUGUCUAGAUGGAGCUCAACGAUUCCUAAAGAAGUCAGGUAUAUCUAUACCUCAGUCUUAUACUUCCUACAUAGCACCACUACAGAGUACUAAAAUUUAUAAUGAGAUAAGAACAAAUCGCCAAGUGGAUAAAACCCUACAGUUCUGUUAUGAAACACCUUAUGUCACACAUUUGGCUAACUUUUAUGAAAUAGCUUCACCUCAAGCACUUUUCACUUUUAAGCACCCAAAUUGGAGUGAACAUAUAAAUAAUCAGAGAUACAAGAAACUGAAAUUUCAAACAGAACUGUCAUGUCUUUUGACUGGAUUUGUAGGAUAUUUUGAUACAGUUCUUUACAAAGAUGUCACACUCAGUAUACAUCCAGAGACUCAUACACCAAAUAUGGUCAGUUGGUUUCCAAUUGUAUUUCCUUUAGAGAAUCCUGUUUAUGUGGAAGAAGGACAGAAUAUUGAAGUGGCUUUUUGGAGGUCAGAAUCAAGUGAUAAAGUGUGGUAUGAGUGGUGCUUGAUAAAUCCAGUAAACAGUGGAAUUAUCAAUCCAAAUGGGAGAUCUUUUUUUAUGCGGAAGCAUUGAUACUGCAACUUUUUAUAAAAUAAAAUUGGUAAACAUUAAAA